CUUAUUCUCAUUCUAUAGGUAUUGCCUCGUCGGAAUCGCCGUCAUGUUCGCAGGCGUGCUGUACUGGGCUGCAUGGCGAAUCGUACUGCCCAAGGUAUUUGGCUAUGAGCUUGUACCGAGGAAGGAGAGAUUGGACGACGGGACUGUUGUCACUGUAGUGAGUGUUGGCGUUUUUACUCUGUGUUUACUGGUUUUCGGUGUCUCCUGGUUUUGCUCACGGAUCUUAUUUUCAAGUUUUCGAAUAAGAAGAUGCAGUGAUUCGGGGUUUGAUUGGAAGUGCUAAUAAGUUGAUGUUUGAAUCAAUUCAAUGCGAUGUUGUGGUGAUGUUCGUGUGUAUAGUUGAUGAGAGUUUAUGUAUGCGGUACAUAAGUAUAGUACCAGAACAAUUCCUCCGCCACUGGCAGUUCCGAGUCCUGCCCGGUAUCGUGACUCUUCUGAAGUUCUUGCCAAUAACACCUGCAUUGGCCACGU